AUGGUGACCCACGUCGUUACAUCCCGAACUAUUCCCCCGGAGUCAACCGCCCCAGCAGAAUCGGAAGUAACUACCGCCGCCAGCAAUGGCGAUGCCACCAUGCAAACAGUCAAUCCAUCGCUCCUGUUUAAGAAACCCACCCGCGGGGAUCACCUGAAUUUUCUCAUGAGGAAUGCCGACAUUCUGCAACGGGCUCGUAAGAUGGGGAUGAAGAUUUGGGCAUUGGAAAAGCUUCAGCGUAUGAUCACGACUAUCAAUGACAGUGAGAUCGCCUCAUGGGAUUGUGGUAGUCGCUCGAAGGCUGCAGGUGGCCAUGCCACCCAUGGCAAGGGCGAAACAGACUUGUCGCGGCUCCUUCGUCAGGAACUUGUCAAUGGGCCAUCUGAUCGUGAUCCACUUGCAUCGAUGGAAAUGAUGAUGUUCAAAGGGCCUUUCAUCUACGUUCACGACAUGAAUGAGAAGAGCAAACCAGUCAUGGUUCGAGAAUAUCCCCGAGUCGCCAAACGCCAGGAUGGAACUUGGCCCCAGUUCAGAAGCGCCCCUCUCGGAAAAUGCCCCUUUAUCGACGAGCCCCCAAGCAGGAAAGAACAUGAUCGCAGAUUGCAUCAGGCCCAGAAGGAGAAGAAGAUUGCCUCCCGUACGGCGAAUGGAAAGCAUGAUGCUAAACCGGAAGCAGUUGCGCCGGUUCAAGGAGCGACUGAAGGCACGACUACAACUGAGGUCGCCGACUAUAAGCCGUCGGUGACACAAGAACAGCAUGUUACGGCCCCGAUCCAACCUGUGAUGGAAAAGCCAUCGUUGGAUGAGACACGUGAAAGAAAGAGCUCUGAAAGCUUCAUCCCCCCUCACAUCCCUCGUAGCGGGCCCUUCUACACUGUAUGCGAGCCAGCCGCCUCGGGUGUUCAACCAUCCAAUGUUACAUCCGCAAUCCGAUCACAGAUGGUCUCGUCUACUGCUGCAGUACCUGGCGCAAAAGCCGGGCUCAGCAAGGAGGUUCAUGGCCUACAGCGCAAAGUCCUCGAGAAGGGCACCGGUGGAUUCGUGACCGGGUCUAUGGCUGCCCCUCAACGUCAAGGUGACGGCUCUACCGCCAUCCCCAUGAAGAAUAACCUCAACCCCCCGGAAAGUCCAACCUCCGCCACAAUGGGGAGCAAGCAAAGCAGUCUGAACUUGCUGCAUACUAUGACUCGCAAACAUCGCCGGUUUGCCGCGAACUCGACGAACUGGGCUGAACUCGAUGCGUUGCUAUUUGAAAUCCAGCGCCCGCUCAAGGACGACUACGAAUUACUUUGA